CGUCUUUUGGAUGGUGCCGGUCUUCAUAAACUCGCCUGGUCGGCUUGUAUGUUGGAACGAACAAAGCAACGAUUCAUGUUUUCUCCCGAUUUCAAGCACGAUGGUAUUCUGGAACUGCUGUUUGCGUCUAUUCUCUUCUUGUCGCCAAACGUCACCACGUUCAUCUGGAGAGAUUGCAACAACAACCCAAAGGCCUUCAUACUGGAUCACAUUAUGUGCGAAGCGGUACAUUGCGGUCUUCCUCUCAUGCCCAAGCUACAGAAGCUCAGCACCGAAAAGGCAGAGUUUGAGGAGAGCAAGCAAGCACAGUUUUUCACUCCGCACAUCAACUUGUGGGAGAACCUGUACAGCCUACAUCUCAACGAUAUCGACCUGGACAUGGAAUUUGUUUUGAUGCUUUUUAAUGGAAGCUUCAAAGAGAACCGGCCAGUCAGGGAACUCUACAUCCGUUGUGUAGCUGGCUCAGAGCGACCAGAGAGCUUGACUUCAUUCCCACCAGGUUUCGAAUUGGCGUCGACAAUGCUCCUGGGUGACAAGAAUCUCGAUAAUUAUAAGGACCAGUUCAAAGCAUUUCCUAACCUCAACCUACUCGAUGUCACUUUCGUCUUUCACAGACAACGCAUGGAAGAAGGUUCACUCACUUUGAAGGCUUUCCUACACGCCAUUGGGUCACCUGAGCGCUUAUGCCUGACAGGCCAUCCCCUACCCACAUCGACUUUAGACACUGGCGUCACACAUUCGAGACUCAAAUACCUAAAGGUCCGGGAACUUCAGCCAAACGCCCCUGCAAAGACGACAUCCAAGGACAACCUCAUCGCGGGGCUCAACCAAUUCUGGAAUAAAAAGUCCAUGAUCGUACCGAACCUGCAGGAGAUUGACUGGGACCACUACAAAUUCAAGAGAGAAGACAUGGAAGGUGAAGAUAAAGCUGUUUGGGAACUUGUUGGAGAAGAGGAGUGGGAAGAUGAUUCGGGAUCUGAUGAAGAUGAAGAUGGUGACGAUGAUUCGUUUUGGUUCUCAAUGGGAAGAGGUGAUAUAGAUGCAUAUGUAGAGGGUGCCAUUGGCGUAGAUGACAUGUGGGAUACCUGGGGACCUUAGGAGGGGAUCUGGUAUUGAAGAUUUUAGACUCUACACCUACGCGCCCACGGGAAGAGAGGCGGUUAAAGAACUAGAUAGGUUAUCUUUGAUCAUCUAAGAGGCACA